ACAUACGGUGUUUAUUGUUUUAUUGCGCCUUAGCAUGAACAGGUAAAUUUUUUUUCUGCUCUUCGAAACAGAUGGAACCAUUUGGAAUGCAUUUAAAUCAUCUUCAAAGACUGGUUAAAUUUGUCUUUCGCUAUAUUUAAAUCUUGUUUCCGUCUCAUCUGAUUGCAACAUGAACCGGUUAAUAUUAGCAACAAAACUUUUAUUUACGGCGCCGUCAAGAUUUUUCAUACGCAAAUGUGGUGUUUCAGGUUCAGGCUUGCUAGUGUUUCUCCUCAUUGGAAUCUGUACAAUAUAUUUAUCUACAUCCUAUUUUUCUGUAAAUAAUGAUAAAGUCACACCAUCUGUAGAGAUUCUUAAUGACACAGGAUAUACAGAUUUGCCUAUAGUUGUCAAUACAGAAACAACUAAUGUCAUGAUACGAAAGCAACAAGUUAAUCAUGUAUAUGAAAGACCUAAAUUAGCAAAUGAGACAGUUUCUUCUCUUCAUUCAAUACAAAUUGGAGAAAUUGUACCUCAAUGUGGACUGCCCAAAGCAUGUAGUAAAGAUGAAUUUUCUGUUCACUUAUAUACUGGAAAAGAUCACACAGAUGAACCUAGACUUUGUGUGGAUGGUAAAUAUAUUAUAUCAAAAAGUAUGAAUGAAGGAGGAAGGGGCUUAAAUGUUGCUGUCAUUGACAAUUUGACCAGAACAAUAAUUAGGGUUAGCCACUUUGACACUUAUGAAAAAGAAUCAAAUGGACUGGAGACAAUGCUCUUGACUUUGCGACCUGGUGAUAUUUUGAUUCUCAUAACAUUUGAUGAACCAUCAAGAAAAUUAUCUCGGAUAGCUAGAUUGCUAUUUUAUGAUCUUGGAAGUGCUUUAAUUCAGAAUUUAGGUUAUAGAAGUAGUUGGUAUUUAAUUACACAAAAAGGCAUAUCUGGUUUUUCUCCUUUUGAAGAUCUUCAUUUGGUUGAUAGUAGUGGUUGGCCUCAACCUCAUGAUAUCCGAUUUUGUGUACCGUUCGAAAUUAAAGGGCAAAUAGUUCAUCCAGAUCCCUUACCUUCUAGCAAUCCGCAGAGAGUUGAGUUUUGUGAAGUGCAUGAAAAUUUACCUUUGUUUUGUGAUGCUGAUGUUGUAAAUGAUCCACUUUUACCAUCUCCUGUUUGGAAACAGCCUGCAGCUAUUAAUAAAAUAUACAAUGUUCCUAUUAUAGUGAUGAGUGGUGAAAAUAUUCAGUUCCUUCCUUUAACUCUUGAAACUCUUGUGCGUCAGCCAGGAAUGAAGCCUAACAUAGUUGUUGUAUAUCACUUAGCAAAAAAUUCUAUGGUUCAGAACUUAUCUCAGUUAUUUGGUUUCAUGUCUGAAGAAUUAUCUAUACCUUCAACUGACUGUGAAAGGAUAGCAGAAGCUUUUGAGCUCCAUAACUUACUUUUUCCUGAUGCUAAAGAUUUACUAUUUAUUGGAGAGAAUGCUAUUCUGGCACCUGAUUUUCUAUUCUUCAUGGGGCAGCUACUAUCCAUUUUAGAAUCAGAUUCAACCAUUCUAUCAAUUUCUGCUCUCAAUGAGAAUGGUUUUAAAGGUGUAUCUGGUGAUCCUAGUGUAGUAUAUCGUGUUGAGUCUUUCUCAGGAGUUGCAAUGCUUGUACGACGAGAUUUUUUUCAAAAAUCGUGGUGUCAAAAUGAUUCUCAAGUUGAUCCUAUGUACAUUUCUUCUGAGAUUUCUGGUAUCAGCCUUGUUCCUGAUGUUUCUCGUGUUACUCUUGCAGCUCCUUUGACCAAUGAGACAUCUAACCAAAAUGUCUCGCAUAUGUAUUUGUCUCAUGACAGAACAAUUACAUAUGAACAGAAUAUACUACUAAAAUAUCCUGAAAAAUUACGACAUGAAGACUAUGACAGAGAAAUUGAAAGCCUACUGCGAUCAGCUGCAAUGUUAGCAUUUGAUAUUGACUCAAUGAAGCAGUGUCUCCAUGACAAAGAGCAUUUCCAGAUGAAAGUAGUAGAGGAAUUGCCCCUUUUCGUCAGUAAUUCUACCAGUCUACCAAGCAAAGUUUUGGCUGUAUUCUUCUAUCAGGAAAAUGAUGAAGAUAUUUCAACAUUGCAGCAUCUGUGCAACUGCUUUGGGCUUUUCCAUCAUCCACAAUACCCUGUGAAAGGAUUGUAUAAAGGCAUUGUUAGAUUUAUGUUGAAAGAAAGUCCAACUAUCCUGGUAGGUUCCAAAUCCCCCUUCUUCCGUUUCAAAUCCAAGGACAACCCAGUUCUCAAAUACGACUCGCAGCUAAAUAGCAUCGUCAGUGUGGUCGUCUGAUUCGUCGGCUGCUCAAAUUAUAGAAGACCCAUAAAAGACAUUUGAUUGGUGGCAAGAUUGUUCCAUUGUUAAGUAAUCAAUUCCAAGAAACAGUUGCAGUUGCGAUUACCUUUUGUUUGGUGUAAGUUUAUUGUUGAUAAGACGCCUUAGGAGAAAGUGUGUCGUUUCUCUUCUCUGCGGUCUAACCUUAUCCAUUCAUUUUCGAUAGAAACUCUAUAUCGAAAAAGAAAACUACUUCUGCUGGCCAAAAAAACAUUCAUCAUAUACCAGCAUUGAAGUAAAUCGAUUGAUAUUUUCUUCCAAAAAAGGAAGGAAAAAAGAAAUGAAUCAUUGUAUGAGGGAAAAGCUUUAUCUCAAAUCGAUUAUGUAUGUAAUUCACGCGUAAUCUCAUUUUGUAUUGAUUUAUCUCAAUUGAAGAUGAUUUUUUUUUGUGUCAAUUGCUUAAUUUUUGUGGUUUUUUGUAAAAUGUGAAUUAAGUAUUGAAAAGUACUUAGGAAGUUGUCGCUAAUGAAAAAUCAAAGUAAGCGUUUUGUAUUUUGAUUUAUUUUUGUAUGCUUUUGUAUCGAAGACGGCUAAUUCUACGUGUGCUUGAUUAUUUCAGUGUUUAAUUUAUAAAAAUUAUUUUUAACAAGUAAGUGGACAAAAGAGACAAUUAUUUAUGAAAUACAUGCAAAUCAGUAGCAAAGAACAAAGUUUUACAUGGAGUUCUUUGCUUUGCUAUUUUUAAUUAUCAUUUAUGAAAUAAUACAUAAAAUUGUAUAUGUUUAUCUUAUUAUUUACAUUGGAUGUUAAAAAGUGCAAUUACCUGUAUUUCAGAUGUAUGAAUAUUGUUUGUAUUUCUUAGGAAAGAGUGGUGAAAAGUACUUAAGAAAUUAUCAUUAACGAAAAUCAAAAUAAAUAUUGUAUUUUAGCAUAUUUUUUGUGUUAUUGUGGUGUUUGCAAAUAAAUAAAUAAAAUAAAUAUUGUUAGAGAAUAUUAUUACUAUUAUAUGCAUUAGUUUUAUCUAUAUAUAAAUAUUUGGUGUAUAGCAAUUAUAUAGCCAGUUUGUUAAAAUGCUGCCAUUUCUAUUUUAUAUUAAGUCGUGUAUAACCUAGAAACGCAGUCGUUUAAUCAGAUUUUAUUAUUGUCAUUUGUGCUGCUUCAAAAAUGUAAAACUGUUACAAUUACAUUUUUUUUUCUUGGAACUUUUUUAAAGAUGAUUUAAUGUAACUGAGUUUUUCUAUAUCUGGUAGUUCCUAAUUCUCCUGUUACUAAAUACAUUUUUGUUUGGUCAUAUUGCGAGUAAAUGUCUUGAAUAUAUACAAAAUCACUUCUUGAUUAACGCCCACCUCUAACAUUCCACUGCGUUGAAAUAUAUAAAUUUAUUGUUUAAAAAUGAAAUUUUUUUAUAAAUACAUUAUAUAAGGUUAAACAAGCUUGAAUCUCAAAAAUUUAUUAUAACAGCAAUCUGUCAAUGUUGCAAUGCCUUAUCUUGAUCAGUUUGUAAUUCGAUUUUGAAAUAACAAAUAUUGAUGACUUGUCUUAAUAUUCGCUUCCAAGUUACGUAUGUACUAAAAAAAUUAGAAUAGAACAUAUUAGUGUUUGCUUUUAUAAUUUUUUCAUUCUAAUUUCUUAUUCACUGAAGCAUUAAUUUUAUUGCUUCAUUUACCAGUACUUUAAGCUUUUUUUUUUUUAAAUUUAGCACACGUUUAAAUUUUGAAUUUAUGGAUUCAAUGGAAUUCUCUGGUAUUCAAAUAACAUACAUAAUGUACAUAAAAAAUUCUGGCUCAUGAUGUAAAUAUUUAAAAUAUUAAAAAUAAUAAGAAUUAUAACAGCUUCUUGAUAAGUUUCUGCUUUAAAAGUGGCUCCUGAAAUAUCUCAGUGCUUUUUAAUGGUGAUUCUUAGCCCACUGUUUCUGAAUUUUUAAAUCUUUUCUAUAAACACAUUGCCUUACAAUGUGUGUUGUUAAAGUUAUCUAAGUAAAAUGUAAAUUUAGUGAAUUUUUUCAAAAAUAGGCAAAUGUUGUUAAUUUAAGUGCUUGUAUUAGCUCUUUUUAGUAUUCUUUUAAUUCCUUAAUAUGACAUAUCAUUAUACAAUUAUUUACUAUAUCACAAACUGAAAAUUUCCUUUUAUUAUUUGAAUAUCUCAAAAUGCAUGGGAUUUCAUAUUUUAAAACUAGACAUUUUUUUUUAAAAAAAUGUCUCAUUGUUUUUAUAUCAAAAUUAGACGACUAUCAGUAACUCAUAUACUCAAUUUUAAAUAAAUUGCUAAUUUAUCUCUCAAACUUUUAGAGACUUUAUUUUCGAUCGGAAAAACUAACAAAAAUAUCUUAAGUUAGUUAAAAGGCAAAUUAAAAAUUCUAUUUCUGAUGUGUACUAAAAUGUAGGUAGUACUUAAAUCGUUCUAUUACAGUGUAAAUGAAACCAUUUCAAAAUCCUAUAAAACAUUUCUUUCGAAUGAUAUUGUAUUGAAUAUUAACAUCUUAAAUUAUAUGUGUUUGUUCCUUUAAAGGAUACACUUCAUUUUCCACUUGUCUUGUUCUUCCCUACUAUGUAUUUUUGAUGUAUUAUAUAUAUAUCUAUUUGUCAUGUCUGGAUAUUUCUUUUGCCUAGAAUAUAUUUUUUGUUACAGUUGUGCUGCAGAAUAUAAAAUUUACCAGCUGCAUCUGAUAAAGUGCCUCAUUUUAUUAUAUUUUUUCCCAUGCAAUUAAAUUUAUUUUAGAGAAACUAUGCUUAUAUUCCUGUCUUUGUUUUUGGAAGUUAUUUCAUUGAAAUAUUGCUAGUCUUUUUCUAUAAACUGAAAACAGAUAUAAUAUGCUUGUCAUUGUACUUAUCUAGUCUUUAUUACAGAAUUGUAUUUUAUUAUUUUUAGUUAAAAGAUAUACAUUAUUAAAUUUUAUACUGAUAAAAUUAUUUAGUCUUAUUUGUUGUACUUUUAAAAUUUGUAUAAUUGAUAAAUUUUUGUUUUUAUUGGCAUUAAAUAUUGAAAAUCUUUUGUAAUUAUUUAUUAGUACUAUAAGAACCAAAGCAAAAUAAUGUAUAAAUGCUUCAAAUAAAAUAGCUUUCUGUCUUCCACUGCAAAUAAAAUAAAUUAUCACCCAAGUUAUCAUUUAAAAUAGUAUCUAAUAUACCUAACAUUUAGUGAACUUUGAAAACUAUUGCCUGUAUGUGAAAAGAAAAGCUAGUUUACUCAUAAUAUUAAAAAAAAGGAGAAUUUCUAAAUUGAAAAUAUGUUUCAAAGUAAUAAUCAUAAAUGUAAAGAAAAAUUAUUCUGAUGGAAAUUAUAUAUAUUAUAUGUAAUUCUUAUAAUUAAUUUUUAUAAAUACAAAUAAACCAUAAUAAUUCCACAACACCAAAAUAAUUGGUGUUAUAAUAAUUUUAUGUAUUAUAACACCAAUAUAUAAAAUAAAAUGAAAGACAGCUGAAGAUAGUGGAAGGAAGCCAAAUUUGUAUGAAAAAGUUCAGUUCAAUCCUUUUCUUGAUGUCUUUGCAUCUGUUUUCCUUCCUUAUGAAAUGGAGUAUUUCUGACAAUUUUCCAGUUAAUACCCUUUGCAUUUUGGUCAGUUUUAAUUGUAAAUGACAAAAAAAAAAAAAAAAAAAAAAGUGAAUGAAAACUUCAAUGAAAAAAUAUUUGAUUAAAUCUAUGUUGGAAAAUAAAAAUGUCUGGUUAGGGCAUACGUGUUUUAUAAUAUUUAGUCAGUGAUGAACAAAUUAUAUUGACUGUUCAGUGCCUAUUCUGAAUAUGCAAUAAUCUAAAAGUCAAUUUAUAAAAUCAUAACAAAGGAUAAUAUAAAAUUUGUAUACAUGAUUGAAUAAUUCUCAUUUUUUUAUUAUGUCUUCAAUUAAUAGUAAUUAAAAAAAAUUUUAAAUAUGAUUUUUUUUAUGAAAAUUAUUUCAUUUCAGAUGACUACUUAAUUUUUUUGGCAAUGAUUCUAAAGAACAAUUAAAUCAUUUUAGUUCCUUUCAUAUAAUCAUUUUAUUGUGCUUUUUGUUUUGUUGAGCUAUUAAAUUGCAUAUCUAAGGGUUUUUGGGUUCUAAUUUUUUGGUUCAUAUGUCUAUGCAUGUUAAAGAUAUCAACAUUAUGAAAUAAUAUUAUGUCAUGCAUUUUGUAAUAAAUGUUACUUAAAAUGAAAUACUCAACUUGAAAUGUUAAUGAAUUCUCAGUGCCUGUAAAGAAACAGAUAUGUGAUAAAAAUCUUGUUUUCGAAUCUUAGCGAUUGAAUUCUUGUAUGACAGAUUUAUUUUUAAUGAAUUUAUUUUAUUGUUAGUGUGUGUCUUUGUAUGUAUACUAGUCGGAAAAGGGAAAAUUAUUUAUUAUGUAUAUUUCAGAA